UAACGUCUAAAUGCGUCCGGUGUACAUUAGUAGUAAAAUGAAACCUAAAAUUAAUAAAAAGAAAGUAUCAAAAAGAAAAUCUAAGUUCUGUGGUCGUCCAGGUAUCCUCAAAUCUGAUAUUGAGAAAAUUAAUAAAAUUUUACGUAAUAGAAAAUUAGAGCUUGCAAGAGGCGGAGGGUCAUGGAAAGUAAUGCCUAAAGAUUCGUGUGAAGUUUACAGAGAACGACGUCAGCGGCAGCUUGGGCGCAAUCGACAAUCUAGCGAGAGAGAUAGUGAUAAAAAUUAUAAAAAAACCGAGAAAAAGAUACCUAAAAGGCCAUCAAGAAAAGGAAGAUCAAAUUACAAACCUGGGAAAGGAGGGCUUAAACGGAGGCAACGUUCAACGUGUUCCUGUUGCAGUUCUCAGACACAUGGUUCGUCCUCAACAGCAACAGACACAUCUUAGCCUAAUAGUUAUACAAGAACUUGUGGCUGAAGCUGAAUUAGUGGAUGAAGAUAUUUUCCUUUCUUUUUUAUGGAACUUUGUGAAAUUAUAAAAAUUAAAAUGGU